CAGCCCGACAGCCAGCAGCGAGUUCAGCACCAGGACAGCGACACGCACUCCCUCCUUCACCGCCACCAUCAUGGUUCUCAUCUGGACUCAGUUCGGGGUUAAGAACAAAAAUGUCAACGUCAAGUGCAAAGUCCGGGGCAUGCACCGGGGCGACAGCUGCGGAUCAUCCUCAUCAGCGGAAAGCACCAAGUCUGAGCCGGACGCGCCCUGCCUGGCCAUCAAGACCACCGGCAAGGACUUCUACAAGGUGCUGGGUGUCAUCCCCGAAUCCAACGAGGACGAGCUCAAGAAGGCCUACAGGAAGAUGGCUCUCAAGUUCCACCCGGACAAGAACAGCGACGCCGACGCCGAGGACAAGUUCAAAGAGAUCGCGGAAGCCUACGAGAUCCUGACCGACCCCAAGAAGAGAAGCCUCUACGACCAGUUUGGAGAAGAAGGUCUUAAAAGUGGACAGUCAAAGGCGGGCCAAGGCAACGGUUCCCGCGGUAACUCCCACACGGAUCCCCACGCCACCUUCUCCUCCUUCUUCCACGGCUCCGACCACUUCGACAUCUUCUUCGGCAACGACAACGACGCCGAGGAGGACCCCUUCAACCCCUUCCGGCGGUUCCCCAACAGCCACGCGGGCGGGUUCCCCGACGGCCCGGGGCGAGGCCAGCGGCGGCUGCAGGGCGACGAGGUGGUGCACGACCUGCUGGUGACCCUGGACGAGGUGAUGCAGGGGUGCACCAAGCACGUGAAGAUCACCCGCGGCCGCCUCCACCCCGACGGACGCGGCGGCCUGCGCUCCGAGGAGAAGGUGCUGAACGUGGUGGUGAAGAAAGGCUGGAAAGCGGGGACCAAGAUCACCUUCCCCCGGGAGGGAGACGAGACGCCCAACAGCACGGCCGCCGACGUCACCUUCGUCCUCCGGGACCAGGAGCACGCGCACUACAAGAGAGACGGCUCCAACAUCGUCUUCACGGCCAAGAUCACCCUCAAGGAGGCUCUUUGUGGCUGCACGGUUAACGUCCCGACUCUCGACAACCGGAUGAUGCCUCUGCCGUGCACCGACGUCAUCAAGCCAGGGGCCGUCCGGCGGCUCCGGGGCGAGGGUCUGCCCCUGCCCAAGAGCCCGUCUCAGCGGGGCGACCUGGUGGUGGAGUUCCAGGUGCUCUUCCCCGACAGGAUCCCGCCGCAGUCUCGCGAGAUCAUCAAGCACAGCCUGGCCCAGUGCUAGCCCGCCUUGUGACUCAGAGACCCGGUUGACACGGCUUCACCGUCUGUUGUUGUUAUCGCAAACGCAGCCUUGCUCAAGGUGCUAGUGGAUCACAACCUCUUGUUGUGUUUUGGAAACGGCAGGCGGCGCUUAAGGAGAGUUGUAGUUCAGCGAGUAGAUGACUUUCUGCAGACACAACGACGUUGCCACGGGAGCAGUGGGUUUAGAUCGGGUUGAUGGGGUCUUUGGUAUCUGAGGGCGCCCGUUGACUCCACAGAUUAGAAAAAGGUUAACUGCAAACCUAGAGCAGGAUAUCAGCGUGCUAUUCAAGUCUGUGUAGACUUCAUGAAACCUGAUUGGUAGAAACUUUACUAUGGUUAUAUGGUGUUAUAUGACUGAUCUUUUGCAUUGAUUUAUUACAAUAGCAAAAUAUACUUGUGUACAAGGAUCUACUUUGUGUACAAAAUGCAAAACAAAUGUUGUCUCUAAGAGAGAUUCAUCUGUCAAAUGUUCUAUUGAAUUAUUUGAAAUGUUUGUAUAUAUAGAUAUAUAUAGAUAUAUAUAUUCUGCGGCGAGCCGACAGUUGAUGUAUCAUUACCUGACAUAGCCAUGUUUUAAAUGCAUGAUAAAUAAAGAAAAUA